AGGCUCCAACGGGAGAAGAAGCCCAACGACCUGAACGCCACGGUCAGGCAGCUGUUCCGCGUGGUGCCUGGGAACGUGGACCCGACCCUGGAGAAGAGGUCCGUGGGCUGCCGCCGCUGCGCCGUCGUGGGCAACUCGGGCAACCUGAGGCAGUCCUCAUAUGGGCCUGAGAUCGACAGUCAUGACUUUGUGCUCAGACUGUUUGCUUCUCGAGUCCCUGGCUCCCAACAGAGGGAGCAGAGUCAGGUCUUCUCCUCCAUGGCAAAGGCCUGUGAAAAGCCCACUGGAUGGGACAGAAUCUGCCAGGUGGCCAGGGGUGGUGACGGUGACCCUCAUGAGCCCUCGCUUUUCAACCUGUGGAGUGAGCUGGGUGAGGGUUGGGUGGGGGAUGCCGGCUGCCUCGGUACCCCGCAGGCCAGAGCAGCACUAACACAGGGCUGUGACCUGAGGCUAGCCUGCUACCCUGAAACGGGGAAACAGGCUUGGCCAAGCACCUCGCCAGGGCUGAACUCAACACAGCCCAUGCUCCUAUCUGGGCCUGGUUCCCGAGUCCCUGACUCUUCCCGAAUUCGGCCGCGCUUGGAGCCAGGCCUCAUCCGAGCCUUCCAGGGCGUCCUGGAACGGGCCAGGGUCGCCCUCUGCACUUACGUCCCUGUCCCCACGAAGAUCAAAGUGAAACAGAACAAGAUCUUGAUCUACCACCCAGCCUUCAUCAAGUACGUCUUUGACAACUGGCUGCAAGGCCAUGGGCGCUACCCGUCCACCGGCAUUCUCUCGGUCAUCUUCUCCUUGCAUGUCUGUGAUGAGGUGGACUUGUACGGCUUCGGGGCAGACAGCAAGGGGAACUGGCACCACUACUGGGAGAACAACCCGUCUGCGGGGGCUUUUCGCAAGACAGGAGUGCACGACGCAGACUUUGAGUCCAACGUGACGGCCACCUUGGCCUCCAUCAACAAAAUCCGGAUCUUCAACGGGAGAUGACACUGUGACACAGCUCGAGUGGGCACUUUUGCAUCUCUUGUUUCUGCCCCCGCGUCUCGCCGGAACCGAUCCUUCCGGGCGCUCCCAGGGCCAGCC